AUGUCUAUUUCUGCUCAAGGAUAUACUGUUGGAAUUCUUACAAUAAGUGAUACAGCUUCAGCUGAUUCAACAAAAGAUAUUAGUGGUCAAACUCUAAAAACAGUAUUUGAACAAGCUUCAAAAGGGAACAAAAUUUUCGAGGUUAUUAAGAGUGCAAUUGUUCCGGAUGAUUUCGAUAAAAUACAAAAUAUUAUUAAACAAUGGAGUGAUUAUGAGAAACUUGAUAUUAUCAUAACAACUGGAGGAACAGGAUUUGGAGUUAAAGAUAUUACACCUGAAGCAAUCCAACCUUUAUUACAAAAGAUUUCCUCCGGAAUCACUCAUGCAAUGCUAGCUGCUUCUUUACAAAAAACCCCUUUUGCAGCCCUUAGUCGACCUGUUAGUGGUGUAAGAGGGAAAACUUUAAUCCUGACAACUCCGGGAAGUCCAAAAGGUGCAAAAGAAAACUUGGAAGCAGUAAUAAAUGUAUUGCCUCAUGCUACUGAUUUAGUGAGAGGAGGUACCGGAGAAGAUAUUCAUAUGCAAUUUCAUUCUCAAAAACCUAGCAAUGAUCAACAUCACUGCAUUCAUCAAAAACACGAGAAUGAAAAAGCAGGUCCAUUUUUAUCAGAUCCUCUCUCUGGUCCCGUUACACAACGUCAACGCAAAUCACCUUAUCCUAUGAUCACGAUGGAUGAGGCUUUGAGUAUUAUAGCCAGUCAUACCGAGGCUUUAGGUUCAAUUACUGUUCCUGUUGAUGAAAAAUUGGUUGGAAUGGUUUUAGCUGAAGAUGUUUAUGCAAAAGAACCUGUACCCGCUUAUCGUGCCUCAAUUCUUGAUGGAUAUGCCGUCAUUGCAAGCGAUGGUCCUGGGAUUUAUCCAGUAGUUGGUGUAUCAAUUGCAAGUGCUUCUCAAUCUGAAGCUAUAGAAUUAAAAUCUGGACAAAUCGCUCGUAUUACAACAGGAGGUCCCGUGCCAAAAGGAGCUACAGCAGUGGUCAUGGUUGAAGACACAACUCUUGUUAGUACUUCUACUGAUGGUCUUCAAGAAGAAUCUGUAGAGAUUCAUGUUAAAGCACGCGAUAACGAGUGGAUUAGGGAAAUUGGAUCGGAUACUAGCAUUGGAACAAUUGUGGCUCGAAAAGGUGAACUUCUAACUGCUGUUGGUGGUGAAAUUGGAGUUUUAGCUUCUGUAGGCAUACGAGAAGUCCAAGUUUAUAAGCGUCCAAUUUUUGGAAUUCUUUCUACUGGAAAUGAGGUGAUCGAUUUUAAAGAUCAAAAUGAGUUAAAAUAUGGUCAAAUACGAGAUAGCAAUCGGCCAACUUUCCUAGCAAUUAGUAAAGUUACAGGAUUUGAUGUUAAAGAUUUUGGAAUUGCAAGUGACAAUGUACAAGAGUUGGAAAAUGUAUUAAAAUUAGCUCUUUCACAAGUUGAUAUACUUGUAACCACAGGUGGCGUAUCUAUGGGUGAAUUCGAUUUAUUAAAACCUACUUUAGAACGUUCUUUAGGUGCAACAUUACAUUUUGGUAGAAUAAAAAUGAAACCUGGAAAACCAACUACAUUUGCAACUAUUGGGACAGAAAAAUCAAAAAAAUUGAUUUUUGGUUUACCUGGAAAUCCCGUUUCUGCUACUGUUACUUUUUAUUUGUUUGUUUUACCAACUCUUAGAAAACUCGCAGGUUAUGAAAAAUGGAAUCUACCUACUGUGCAAGCAGAGCUUACAAAUAAUAUCAAUCUUGAUCCAAGACCCGAGUAUCACAGAGCUAUGAUUUUAUUUGAUCAUACAAAAGGGAAGUUUUUAGCAGUAUCUACAGGUCAUCAAAUAAGCAGUCGCAUUCUCAGUAUGCGUAGUUGUAAUGCGUUACUUAAACUUCCCGAAAAAACCGAUCAAUUGAAAGAGCUUUCUAAAGGUACAAUGGUAAAUGCUAUAUUAAUAGGUCAAUUAAAUUAA